CCACCGCCCCGCCGCCCGCGCCGCCCCCACUCCCUGCAGGCCCGGAGCUCAGGGCCAAGCGCGCGAGCGGCAGCCAUUCCGCAGCCAACCGCCAUCACCGUGGCAAGGCCGGCAGGACGCGCAAUGCUGCCUGUCCUGCUGAUCCUCUCAGGCCUGGGCCGGCUGACCUCCGCCGGCCAUCAUCCUGAAACAUCACUUCUACAAAUUACAGUGCCACGGAAGAUAGAGACAAACACCGAUGGUGAAGUUUCAGAAACGCAUGUCAUGUAUGCCAUCAAAAUUGACAGGAAAACAUAUACUCUCCAUCUUGAAAUACAGUCAUUUUUAGACCCUCAUUUCCUGGUGUAUGCAUACAACAAAUCAGGAGUAUUGUAUCCAGAUUCUUCAUUUACAAAGGGCCAUUGCUUUUAUCAAGGAUAUACCGCAGAGAUUCCAAAAUCAGUUGUGACACUUAGCACUUGUUCUGGACUCAGGGGAUUAUUGCAGUUGGAGAAUGUCAGUUACGGCAUUGAACCAUUGGAAUCUGCAGUUGCAUAUGAGCAUAUGCUUUAUCUAAUAAAUAAUGAUAAAGUUGAUUUUUCUCCCUUACAAGAAAAUUAUUCUAUCACCCAAUUGGCAGAUCAAUCCUACAGGAUUCUUGUGAAAUCAGAAAAAGAUUCAGAUGCAUUAUUGAACAGAUUUCUGAAAAUACAAAUCAUUAUGGAUAAAGCCUUGUUUGAUUAUAUGGGCUCUGAAGUGCCAGGUACAGUUGAGAAAGUUGUCCAUAUCUUUGGUCUUAUCAAUGCUAUGUUUUCCCAGCUUAAAGUCACUGUUAAGCUAACUUCUUUGGAGCUCUGGUCAGAUCAAAAUAAGAUUUCAACUAAUGGAGAUGCUGAUGAAGUACUACAAAGAUUUGUGUCAUGGAAAGAAAAAAGUUUAUUUCAAAGGUCUCGUGAUAUGGCAUACUUAUUAAUUUAUAGAGACCAUCCUAAUUAUGUAGGAGCAACAUAUCAUGGAAUGGCAUGCAAUCCAAAGUUUGCUGCAGGAAUUGCUCUGUAUCCAAAGAUGAUAACUUUAGAGGCAUUUUCAGUUGUUAUGACACAGUUGCUUGGAGUUAAUCUGGGAUUAACAUAUAAUAAUGACAUCCUCACUUGUUACUGUCCAGGAACUACAUGCAUAAUGAACCCUGAGGCAAUACAUUCCCAUGGUGUGAAGUUUUUUAGCAGUUGCAGCAUGAAUGAAUUUAACCAUAUGGUUUCACAGCCUGAAUUUGGAUGUCUUCAGAAUCAAAUAGUUUCAGAAGUGUCUUACCAAGAUAAAAAUACACUCUGUGGCAAUGGUAUUUUGGAACCGCCUGAGGAAUGUGAUUGUGGUCGUUCACAGCCAUGCAAAUUUGAAAAAUGCUGUGAUACUGAACACUGUACUCUGAUUGAACCUGCAGAGUGUGGCACUGGGCCAUGCUGUGAUAAAAAUACUUGUCUGCUCUCUGUAAAGGGAACUAUGUGUCGACAAAGCCAAGAUCUGUGUGAUUUUCCAGAAUUUUGCAAUGGAACAUCUGAGUUUUGUGUACCUGAUGUGAUAUCUGCUGAUUUACAACCAUGCAAUAAUAACACUGCCUAUUGCUUUCAAGGAAUAUGCCAAGAUACAGAUAGACAGUGUGCAGAGUUAUUUGGAAAAUUUGCAAAGGGUUCUACUUCUCUAUGUACACAAGAAGUGAAUCUUCAGGAAGAUGAUUUUGGAAACUGUGGACGAAAGUAUUGUAAUUUUAAGGAUAUCCUUUGUGGAAAGAUAGUUUAUUGGACACAUUUAGAAGUAAUACCAUUUAAAAAAUUUGAUGUUCAAUAUACUUACAUGGAAGGCCAUGUGUGUAUCUCCGCAUAUUUAAGAAUACCAACAGCACAUGUAACAGAUGAUAUUACGUAUACAGCGAAUGGCACUAUGUGUGGUCCAAAUAUGUUUUGUGACCGGGGACGGUGCACUCCUAAGGAUUCAUACUCAAAGAGAGUAAAUUGUGACUCAGUUACAAAUUGCAGUGGACAUGGGGUUUGUAAUAAUUUGCUUCAUUGUCACUGUGAUGUUGGAUAUACGCCUCCAUAUUGUAAACCAUCACCAUUAUCGCCAGGAGGAAGUAUUGAUAAUGGGUUUUGGAGUAAGGGAAGUGGAGAUGAAUACCUGUUUAUAAAACAACAUGUGGCUUCUCGAAAACAUGGCCUCUUGUUUGGUUUCUACAUUUUUCUACCUUUCCUUAUUUUAAUCGCCAUCCUUGCUUUUAAAUGGAAUAAAAUACAACUUUGGAACCAAGAGGGAAUAGAAAAUAAAGGUGACAAAACAAUGUCAAAAAGCCAUAGGUUGGAGAAAGGAUAUUACCAAGACACUCACCAUUAACUGACUUGAUUCAAGAAAGAAAGAAAAAAAAAAAAACACAAAAAAACCAUGCUAUCCUCUCCUUUUGUUAUGGCUCAAAGCUUUCAACUUCACAAACAAAAAUAAAUCCUGAGAGUGAAAGUA